UAACAAAUGCUUUAAGGAUGAAUAAUCUUGUUUUCCAUUAACUAGCACUUUGUUUUUUAAUAACAGGACAUCUUUGGAAUAACUUUGCAGUAGUUCCCCCAGUCUCUCCUCCGUGAUACGAUAACUAAUGCUGAAAACAGGUUGCUCUGUUACAGAACUGGUUAUAUUCUAUUGUAAAAUAAGAAACAGUGUGUAUCAGCCAUAAAAUGUGCUGUUUUGGUUAACAAGAGGCUCCAUUGCUUCAUUUCAGAGAAUAGGACACGGGGAUAAAAACCAUGCUGAUGCAGACAGAUCGCCCAUCUUUCUGCAGUUUAUUGACUGUGUGUGGCAGAUGUCUAAACAGUUUCCUACAGCCUUUGAAUUCAACGAACAGCUGUUGAUCACAAUCCUGGAUCACUUGUACAGCUGCCGGUUUGGGACUUUCUUGUACAAUAGUGAGUCUGUUAGAGAAAAAGAGAAAGUGACUGAGAAAACAUUAUCAUUAUGGUCUUUGAUAAAUAGUGAAAAAUCUAAGUACACCAAUCCUUUUUAUAGUAAAGAGCUAAAUCGAGCUCUCUAUCCAGUAGCCAGUAUGCGUCACCUGGAGCUCUGGGUCAGUUACUACAUCAGAUGGAACCCAAGGAUCCGGCAACAACAGCCAAAUCCCGUGGAGCAGCGUUACAUGGAGCUCCUUGCAUUGCGAGAUGAUUAUAUGAGGAGACUUGAAGAACUACAGAUCACAAAUAACUCUAAGAUAUCCAACUCAUCAGCCUCAUCAACGUCUCCCUCACAAAUGAUGUCCCAAGUACAAACACAUUUUUGAAGAAAACGUUGGCUUCUUUCUAUAUCAUAAUAGCAAGUGGUGCUUAACAUAGAUCUAGAGUAUAAAGAAGAGUAUUUUAAUGCCUUACGUUAGAUUGUCCUAACACAAAGUAUUUUAGACUGUCUUCAUUUGAGGAGGACUUCAGAACAAAACCAACUCUUCCAUUAUGUGCCUUUCGGAACCUGUAAACUGGGAACACGAAUAAUCAACUACUAGUUAUGGAGUACUUUAGAGUUAUUUUGGAAAGUCUGGUACAGUUUGAAAUGAAAUUGAUUUAUUGUUUUCAUAAGAAUGCUUUAAUUUAUUACGCUGUAGGUCUGUUCUUCCUGCAAGGGAAUUCAUGCUCAGUUUUGGAUGUUGUGAAUAAAGCACACUAACAUAAAGAGGAAUAUUCACAUUGUGUAAAAGUAGCCAUGUGUCUAUUCCUGCUAGGAAUACGGCUGUGGACUUCGUGAGGCAAAAAUAAAUUACGUGGCAAGAUUGCAGAGAGAAGUUAAAAUGUCCUGGUUCUGUGAGAAUUCCAGAUUUUCUUGCCUCAAACUAAAUGAAAAGAUGGAAGGAUAUACUUUUAAUUAAACAUGCUGAUAGCCCAGUAGGUAUUAAAAGAAAUUAUUUUUUUAUUGUAUCUUUUUUUUUUUAACAGAUGACAGUUGCACUGGAUUCUGAGAGGUCCUUUUUCGGUUAACUGUUGAGCAUUGCAGUAUAUUACAAAUUAUCACUAUUGGCUGUAUUGGCUUUUUGGAUUAAUAUAGAACAAAACAUUUCUAAAUAAGGUUUAUAUAAUUAAAAUUAAAAAAAGAUCCAUAGGGACAUUACUUAAAUAUCCAGCAACAGCCAUUGUAUUGAUGCUUGAGUAUGUCUUAUAAAAAUAAUGUGCCUGUUCAGAGGAGCUUUUAUACCAAAGUAGGCAAAAAAAAGAAAGUAUAUCAGUUCUGAAUGCUGUUGAAAACUUGUAAAUUUAUAGUUUACCAUUCAGUGUAUAUUUAACUUUUGUUAAAUGAAUUUAUUCUUAAAUAUUUAAAGGACUUAAAUAUAUGAGAUUUGCAUAUAGUGUGUGCAUUUACACUGAACCUUCCAUUGAGUUCUAGUUUUUGGUCUUCAUUUCAGAGGCAUUUUGUAAACCUUUAACUUGUUCUUUUCAGGUAUUUUUUAAUAGUUGCAAGCAUUUCUUAUGACAGACAGACCUUGCUACUUGAUAUUUAAUUAGGAUUUUGCAUAUUCUCACAAGGUUAGUGAUAUUCAAGCAAUCCAGGAAAUUUUGCAAUUCUGAAUUUGUGGAGGACUCUGAUAUUGUUAUUUUAAAUGAAAUGUCCUGAUGCUUGAGGCUUCUGUCACUGUAAAUUAUUGUACAUGCGGUGGGUUUUGAUCAGCAGGAUAUAAUAGUAUUAUAUAUAAAUUAAGUUUUGUGUAAGUAUACAUAAUAUAGUUUAUUAGAAAUUCUGCAAGAUUAUAAUGUGUAAAUAUUUUGCAUAUGGAAACUAAGUUUAAAGCGAUAAUUCCAUAAAGUAAGUCAAAAUUUAGAGGACAUCUGAAUAUUUUUAGGAGUGGUAUUUUUUCAAAGGAAUAAAAGCGUACUGCCUCUUGAUUUGCUUCAGUAUAUAUACACUGAGUUGCACUAUUUUAUUUUAUUUUUUUCAGGGAAGCUCAGAGCAUACUGCAUGUGUGUUCUAAAUGCAUAUGACUGACUUUUGUCCUCUAAAUUUCAUUCUCCCUUCUGUAUUUUUCACUGUGUUUCCAAAAUAACAUGAAAUGCCAUGAUGCCAAAGCUUGGCUUCAGAUGAACAAGAUACAUUUAUCUCAGAUGAAGGAAGAUACUUGAUUGAGAUACACUUUUGAAAACUAUGCAUACUCUGGUAUAUUUGCCUUUUACUUGUAGUUUAUAUAUGUACAUAGAUACGUAUAGAUAAAGCUAAUUUUAUUAGAAUAUUUAA